AUGCUGGAGGGAAUCUACGAUGCCAUCGCUUCCAAUCCUGACAACAAAUUCGUGAAACUCUUGCAGCAGCAAGGUGGGCUACCUGGAGUCGUCCUGCUGAGGAGGCAGAUCCCGCUUGACGCUCAGAAGUACAUCAGAGACGAAGGGAACAGGUGCAAUGGCAUGGGCGGCAGGAAGAGCCCGAUCGAGAUCCUCGAGGAAGUUCCAGAAAUGGAGGCCUCCUAUGAUGAUUUCAAAAAAGAUAACCCCAUGGAGGCAGAAGACAAAGAUGAGGAGCCGCUAGCGGGCCCGCCGGAGCGAGACGAGCCGCCCAGCAAAAAACCGAAGCGAGAUCAGAAAGGGUACGAGUCAGCGUAUUACAACCACAUCCAGAAGUUCUUCCCCAACAGGUUCACCUUCCAGCAGGACUUCUUCAAAUUCAAAGCUUGCCGAUCCCAUUUGGAGACUGCUGGAUUGUAUGACUGGUUGGUUGGAUAUUUCAACGAUAACGUGGAUAUUACUUCCCCUCACUGCACAGUCUACAACCUUGCUAAUGUUUGGCACCUGCUUCUCAAGGAGUUCGUGAUCGUCAGGGGCAAGUCCGCGACGUUCGACGAGCGGCACACUGAGAUGUUGAAGGGGAUGCUCAAGCUAACACUUCCAACCGAUGACGUGUCGCCCGUGCUGUUGCCAAACGACAAGGCGCAAUUGGCCAAACUUUCCCUCCUCAGGACACUCGUCGAUAUCAAAUCACUGGGCAAACUGCACACCGAGGUGGUAACUUCGAUGCCAAAGGCAAAAGCCAAGGGCAAGGCGAAGCCAAAGGCGAAGACGAAAGUCCAAGUCAAAAUCUCAUAUGUGAAGGAGGGCUCCGAGGAAGCGACGUGCAACCUCGUUGACGACAUGACUAACGUCAUCCUUGGCAGCCCGGACGGCCUGAAAUGUCUUGAUACCAUUGAAAAGGGCGAGGUCGACGACACCAUCACGAAGGUUCACAACAUGAUAGACUUGUGCUGUAAAUACGUUGUGAAAGAACCUGCCCAGGCGGUCGCCCAUCAAGACGGCGCCAAGGUUUCGAAGUUCAAGAAAUGGAAGGUGCUGCGCGUCUACGUCUUCAAGUACCUGGGCGGUCAGGCGCCUCCUCAGGAGGACUCUGAUGACGAGGAGGAUAAGCAGUUAGUAGUCAUAGCCGCCGAGAAUGGAGGCUCGGCGCCGCCGACUGGAUCGGGAACUCAGUGGGAUCUUCUGGCCAAGGAGACGUGCAAGCACAUGCAAGGUGCACAGGACCGACUGCUGCAGACAUGUUCCGACGAUAAGAAGAUGUACAAGAUCGGAGACAAGAUCAAAUUGUGGUUUGAGGAGAAUCCCCCUACGCACCGGGCGAUGGAAAUCAAGACCGCUCACGUUGCUUACAUCAAGUUGGCAAGGCUUGUAAGGAAGUCCUGUGGGUCAUCAUUUGAUGAGUUCCUGACAUCAAGCAAGGCGCCCUCAGACGAGAUCGACCAAGCAAAGUGGGUGAUGGGCUGGGUCGUCGACUUGAUCACGAACGCAAUUGGGGUUGAGAUCUGGAAUGCCGCGAUCGAUCUGUAUUACAUCCUUUCUCAUGUCCAGGGGGAAAGACAGGCGACAGUUCCGAUAAAGGAUAUCAUUGGUGACGCACACCCCAAAGUGAUCAAGUUUGCUGAGAUCUUUGGUACCAGGAACGUUCUGCAGGCUUUCGUGGGGGCCCGCUUUAUCUACACCCGCUUUGUCAUCUCUGACCUGUCUGAUUUGUUCAAGGACUGCAAGGCCCCCAACCCGACCCUCGUGAGUCUGCACGAGUUCGUAACGAAACAUGGGACGGACAUUGCUUGGGCCGAGCCGCUCCACGCCACGGCCGACAACCUUAAGUCUAACUUCUGGGGCAAAGCCAUCGAUAUCUUGCCGCAUCUCACAAGGUUCUGCGUUCGGGCGCGGAGCGAAGCAGAAUGGAGAGUGAUCGAGGGUACCGAGAAUACCAGACUUAAGGAUAUGAACGUCAAGGAGCUGCGGGAGAAGAUGAUGGAGUAUGCGACGGACGACGAGGCGAAGAAGCAGGAGAUCAGUGUUAUGACGAAGGAGCAGAUCACACCUCUCCUGCUUGAAUGGACCGUUCAGAGCUGGAAGGCGGCGUUUGAAACCCGCUGGUCGGAAUGGGACUCCUACGUUACUGCGCUGUUCAACUCUUGCGAGGCUGACGGCAUGAACAAGCUCGAGGCUGCAAAGCAUCUGGCCCUCGUGAAAAGCGACGACUCGCAGACGGGAUCGGAGGGCUCUCAAGUCAGAGAGACUGCUCAAGAAUUGGUCGGAGAGACUGGUCAGGGUGCUUUGGACCUCAGGCUUAGGAACAUCGCAGGGACUACAUAUUUUCCGAUCUUCCAAGGCUUGGCUGCUGGCGGGGGCCAUCGCAAGUUUCAGACCCUUGCUAUCUCGAACAUUCUGUUCUCAAAGAUUAUGCUUGAAUGGAUGCCGGGUGCAGGAGGGGAGAUCAGCGACGUGAAUGCCGACAAGAUCUAUGUGCUUCAUGGCAACGCCCACAAGAAGAGUGCGAAGCUCAUGAUUCUUGCUGGCGAGUGUUCGGACAUCUGCAUUCACUACGUUGGUCGAGCAAUCAGCAGGGCUUCGAACCGCAGGGCUUCGAACAUUUGCACUGGCAAACAGGGUUCAGUACCAGCUGGGGUUUUUAAGAUCAAGAGCCAGGAAUUCUUCGUGUUCACGUCGUGCCCUGAUGGUCUGGAGGCUGUCUCAUCAGCUUUGUGCAUCCCCGCGUGGUGUGUGAAGAAGGCGGCCAGUGACAGCACUCCAGCUACCAUGGAGUACGGCAGCACGAGCUUCACGGUCACGAUCAACCCGAGUGAAGUAGCCAUGCUGGGCGAGCCGUUCCGCAUCACUCUGGACAUCAAGCACCUGAAGAUGAAGCAGGGGCUCAAGCCAGAGACCAUGGUCGAGCUGGUGCGCCCCAGGGGGGAGUGGGAGCCGGCCAAGAAGACGACGAAGGACGUCAAGGUAAAGGUCGUGAGCUAGGACUACUCCUAGACGAGCGGCUCCGCAGGGUCGCAGGGUGAAGCAUCCUGCGCGUUUCGAGGUAGGAGGCCCAUCUCUUAUUAUGAGUAAGCGGCA